CACACGCACUCAAAGCCAAUCUCAAAACCGCAUCACACGAACCUAACUAUAAGCCAUACCCAAUUUUUUUCUCCUCAUAUUUCACUCUCACACUCUUUCCUUAUCUUCUUCUUCCUUCUCCAAACCCUAGAGUUUUACAGGAUUCAUCAUGAAGGGCGGAAAAUCCAAGGGGGCGCCUAAAAAGACCGAUACCAAGUUGAAAAGCAAAAGUGCUGGAGCUAGUAAGAAAUCAGCGAAGGCUGCAAAGGAUCCUAACAAGCCAAAGAGGCCUGCUAGUGCUUUCUUCGUUUUCAUGGAAGAGUUCAGGAAGCAAUACAAGAAGGAACAUCCUAACAACAAAUCCGUCGCUGCUGUUGGAAAGGCUGGUGGUGAUAAAUGGAAGUCAAUGUCCGACGCUGAGAAAGCACCUUACAUAAACAAGGCUGAGAAAAGGAAGACUGAGUAUAACAAGAGCAUGCAGGCUUAUAAUAAGAGAAUUGCGGAGGGAGGGAAUGGAGCUGAAGAAGAAGAAUCAGAUAAAUCCAAAUCAGAAGUCAAUGAUGACGAUGAAGAUGAUGAUGAGAGUGGAGAGGACGAAGAUGAUGAGUAAAUGUUUAGGAGACGAGGAAUGAUGGGGUGGAAGAACAAGCGUUUAAUUCCUUCAUAGUUCGGAGCUGAAACACUCAGCAAUUUAGAUUUUUCUUUAUUAUGUCUUGGAUAAAUAGCUACUUCUUUUUUCCUUUUUUUUUUUGGGUAAUUAGGAUAGAAUGGGAGAAACGAAAUCAAAACAAAGGGAAGGUUCGUGUUUGAUGUUAGAUUUCUUAAGUUGACAAGGAUAUGUAUUCAAGGAAAAAUCUGUGUUAGUAAUUGCACAAUGAUUCAGUUUUAGUUCCAUUAUUCUAC